AUCCAAAUGCAGCACGUCAAAUUGCAGAACGCCACGUGGCAUACACCUAUUAAGGAAAAUGAUCAUCAUCCAAAAAUACUACUACUACAAGAAAACUUAGGAACAGAACAAUUAGUUACCAGAGGCGGAGUCCAUUAUUAAGCUGUCAAAAGUUUGGUGAGAGAGAGAGAGAGAGAGAGAUUAGUGACGUGGCAUAAAAGAAAUUAUUGAAGAAAAAAAAAAGAAAUGGGGGUUUUGGAUAAUCUGUCGAACGUGUUUGAUUGCUCAAGUGGCCAUUCCAAAAAACUCAAGAAACGCAAACAGCUUCAGAUAGUGGAGAUAAAGAUAAAAAUAGACUGCGAAGGAUGUGAGAGAAGGGUGAGAAAAUCAGUGGAAGGAAUGAAAGGGGUGACGUCAGUUGAGGUGUCACCUAAGCAGAACAAGCUGACCGUCAUCGGCUAUGUGGUCCCGGAGAAGGUGGUGGCGCGUGUGGCGCACCGCACUGGAAAGAAGGCUGAGCUUUGGCCCUACGUGCCGUACGAUGUUGUCGAUCAUCCCUAUGCACCCGGUGUGUACGAUAAAAAGGCCCCAGCUGGUUAUGUACGAAGCGCGGAGGAUCCUCAACUUUCGCAGCUGGCGCGUGCGAGCUCCACCGAGGUGAGGUACACCACGGCUUUCAGCGAUGAGAAUCCUACCGCUUGUGCUGUCAUGUGAUCUUAAGAAGUUGAAGCUUUUUUUUUUUUUUUUUUUUUUAAUUCUGUUUUUUUUUUUUGUAAUGGGCUGUGCUUCAUAUGGAUUUCGAUUUCGGUUUCAGUUGUAGAAAGUGAGAUUGUUUUAUAUGUAGAUGGUGUUUACGAA